AAAGAAACAUUACAUUACAUUAUAUAUCUCUCAUUAUCUCUCACACUAUCUCCAUUUUACUUCUUCUUCUUCAAAGUUCUCAAAUCAAUCAUUCCUUUGCUUUGCUCUCCUAAACCACCACUAAUGGCUCUCGAAACUUUCCUAAUUAAACUCAAAAACGCUAUUUCAUCCCAACCUUCUUCUCGGACUCGACCUCUCCGUUCAUCACCUCCGAUCACUACCACUACCACCACUUCCUCUGUUGGAGUUUUAUCGUUCGAGGGGGCUCGUGUCAUGACCAAACUCCUUCACCUUACUCACUCUCUCACCGACUCUAAUCUCCUUACUCUUCGAGACCACUCUCUCUCCUUAGAAGGUCUCGCCAAAAUCGUCACCGGAGAUGAAACAUUCCACCUCAGCCUAGUCUGUGCUGAGCUCGCAGAUAGUUUAGCCCACUCAGCUAACUCUGUUUCAAGGCUGAGCAGUCGCUGUACCACGGCCAGCCUACGUUCUUUCCACCGCUUAUUCCAUGAGUUCGCUGACAUGGGUCGUGACCCUCAUGGCUGGGUCAUGAGUUCUAAAGACAGCGAAGCUAAGAACAAGAAAAUCGAAAGAUACGUGAGUGUGACAACAGCUUUGUAUAGAGAGAUGGAAGAGAUGACGAUACUAGAGAACUCUCUGAGAAAACAAAGUUUACAGAUUGGGAUCGAAUUCGAAGAAGAAGACGACGAGAACAAGAAAGAUGUAAUGAAAGUGAUAGAUCUGCAGAGCAAGAUUGAGAGACAGAAGCAACAUGUCAAGUAUCUGAAAGAUCGAUCUCUUUGGAACAAAAGCUUCGACACCGUCGUGUUGAUCCUCGCCAGAUCGGUAUUCACAGCACUCGCUAGACUCAAAUCCGUCUUCUCCUCCGCCGCAGCCUCUAGCUACAUGGGUCCAACGGUCGUGUCUUCUCUCCCUCGUUCUCUCUCUUCUUCUUCUUCCUCUAUGAAUCUUGUCCACCCGAGCCCAAACGACGAGGAGAAAGUCAAAACGCCGUCGUCCUCUGCGUUUCUUGAAGAAAGCUCAAGACUUUUGAAACCCCCGGAGACAACUCUCGGCGGAGCUGGCGUGGCGCUUCACUACGCGAAUCUGAUAGUCGUGAUGGAGAAAAUGAUAAAGCAACCUCAGCUUGUAGGUCUUGACGCGAGAGACGAUCUGUAUUCAAUGUUACCGGCGAGCGUGAGAUCAUCGCUCAGAUCGAGGCUAAAAGGAGUUGGUUUCACGGCGACAGACGGUGGUUUAGCGACGGAGUGGAAGGCGGCGUUAGGUCGGAUAUUACGGUGGUUGUUACCAUUGGCGCAGAAUAUGAUAAGGUGGCAGAGUGAAAGAAGCUUCGAGCAGCAACACAUGGCGACAUCAGGAAAUAGCCAGAACAGAGUGAUGUUAGUUCAGACACUUGUGUUUGCAGAUAAAGUUAAGACAGAAGCAGCAAUAACAGAGCUUCUUGUUGGGUUGAACUACAUCUGGAGAUUCGAAAGAGAGAUGACUGCUAAAGCUCUGUUCAAUCUACAGUCUCCUCUUACUACUACUACUACUACUCAUAUAAAGUCAUAAUCACAGCUAAUUUUUACUGUAGAGUUUUGUCCUUUUUUGUUUUGAUUCUUGUUUGGUGGGUUGAUUUUGAUUUUUUUUUUCUUGGGGUUUAGUUUGAUAAUACGAGUUAUGAAAAUGAUAAAAGUGGAUUGGGUUGGGUUUAUUUUUUCUUGACUUGAGAGACAAAUAUAUAUAAGAAGAUGUGAUGUGAUGUGUUACAAUGUAGAUAUUGGAUUAUUUUUGAGUGAUUA